UGUCAAUGGCAGGAACCUCGUAGAUGUCAUGUCAGUCAUUUCUUUCAUUACGACGUUUUACUAUCAUGGCGGCCGCCGUAGGCAGGAUUUGUGGGGCACGACUUUUGAAAAGUUAUGGUGUGCUGACGCCCCAGGUUUGUCAGCUGUCCACCAACGCGCAAGGAUGGACGAGAAACAGAAAACUGUUACUGUCCACAUUGGGUGUGGUCGGAGGAGGAGUGGGAGCCCUACUGUUUGCCCUCGAGCAGUCUGUGCAGGCGUCCGGCAGUGAGGCACAUCCUCCACACCAGCCCUGGAGCCACAAUGGAAUGUUCGAGUCAUUAGACCAUGCCAGUAUUCGCCGAGGCUAUGAAGUAUACAAGCAGGUGUGCAAGGCUUGCCACUCGCUGCAGUACAUAGCGUUCCGCAACCUGGUGGGCGUGUCGCACACUGAGGAUGAGGCCAAGGCGGAGGCCGCUGAGGUGAUGGUCAAGGAUGGCCCUGAUGAAGAGGGCAACUACUUCGAGAGGCCCGGCAAGUUGUCCGACUACUUCCCGUCGCCCUACCCCAACGAAAACGCGGCGAGAGCUGCCAACAACGGUGCGUACCCGCCCGACCUGUCCCUGAUCGUGUCGGGCCGCAAGGGCGGCGAGGACUACAUCUUCGCGCUGCUCACCGGCUACGUGGAGGCCCCCGCCGGCCUGGUGCUGCGCGAGGGACAGAACUACAACCCCUACUUCCCGGGCGGUGCCAUCUCCAUGGCACAAGUACUUUUCGAUGAGGCCGCCGAGUACUCGGACGGCACGCCGCCCACGGCCUCGCAGCUGGCCAAGGACGUGGCCACGUUCCUGCGCUGGUGCUCGGAGCCCGAGCUCGACGACCGCCGCCUCAUGACCAUCAAGGUCAUCGGCAUGUUCUCCAUCCUCGGCGUCUUCGUCUACUACCUCAAGCGGCACAAGUGGACCACCAUGAAGUCCAGGAAGCUAGCCUACAAACCCGUCUCUAAGAAAUAAAAAAAAAACGUAGCAUAAACUAAACAGACAUUUUAGAUAAUUUUUUUUCGAUAGGCACAGUAACAUGUUAUUUCUUUAUAAUUAAAUUAAUUUAUUUCGCUAUUCAGCGUUUACCUCUAUUGUUACCCGAGGAUGGAGCGGUGAUAAUAUAAAUAUUAAUGUAAUUCUAUCGGAACGGCAUUUCCUCAUCGUGCGUGUCGGCACAGUCAAAUUACCUAUUAUAGAUAGUGUUUUAUUGUUAUCUGUGCUUGUGGUGUACCAUGAAUAACAGCUGUGAAUCGGUGUACAGUUGAAUAAAUGAGUUAUUGAAAAUCG